AUGGCUAGCAUGGCAGUGCAGCUCCUGGGAUUUUUCCUUGGCCUUCUGGGAUUGAUCGGGGCGGUCGUCGCCACCAUCAUGCCGCACUGGCGUCGCACGGCCUACGUGGGAUCCAACAUCAUCACGGCCACGUCCUACAUGAAGGGACUUUGGAUGGAGUGUGUCACGCACAGCACGGGGAUAUACCAGUGUGAGUUACAUCGCUCCCUUUUGGCCUUACCGCAGGACUUACAGGCGGCCCGAGCUCUCAUGGUGCUCUCCUGCGUCACCUCCACCCUCGCCUCCCUCGUGGCUUCGGUCGGGAUGAAGUGCACCCGCUGUGCCCGUAAUUCGCCCACCAAGAACGCCCUGGCCAUGAGCGGAGGGGUGUGUUUCGUUUCCGCCGGCCUCCUGUGCCUGAUCACCGUGUCGUGGACGACCAGCGACGUCGUGCGAGAGUUCUACAACCCCCUGCUCCCCAGCGGGAUGAAGUACGAGAUAGGCCUCGCCGUCUACGUUGGCUUCGUCUCCGGCUGCCUCAGCGUCGUCGGAGGGGUCGUGCUCUGCUUGGCGUGCGGGGGCUCGCGGCACCGUCGCCCACGGCAACCGCAAGCCCUGAACGCUCUCCCGCAUCCUGCCCCCGCUUACCAAGCGCACCCGGCCUACAAGGGCAAUCAUUCACCUUCACGAACGUCUGCUUCCAGCAGUGGGUACAGGCUGAAUGAUUACGUCUGA